UGGGACUAUAAAUAGGAGGGAUGAAGCCAGCAGAGAUCAGAUUCUCUCUACAGAGACCUCUACAGCACAGAGAUCCAGCCAUGGCACCUACAUUCACUGCAGCAAUGACCAAUUCUCAGGAGCAUCUGACUCUGACCCACAAGCUCAGAAAGCCUCAGGUGGAAAAGUUACGCAGAGAGCGAAUCAACAGCAGCAUUGAGCAGAUCAAGUCUCUCCUGGGUCCAGAGUUCCUCAAACAGCAGCCAGACUCCAAGCUGGAGAAAGCAGACAUCCUGGAGAUGACAGUUUGUGUCCUGAGACGACUGCAGCAGCAGCAUCAAGCUGUGGACUCAGCAGCUGUUGAUCAGGGCUACUCCAGGUGUGUCCAAGAGGUGACACACUUCCUGUCCAAGGAACAGGUGAAGACACAGCCCCAGAGAAGACUGCUGAACCACUUCAACAAGCUGCAGCCUUCGUCUGAUAAGAACCUGAGAGAGGCUGACUUCUCUCUGCUGAGCUCCACAGUCCAGACCAGCAUCACCAAAGACAAGAGUCCAGUCCACAGCGCCCUCUGGAGGCCGUGGUAGACACCUACAUUCUGGAGUUACUACCAGACAAACUCAGAUGACCACAUUGGUCAAAGAUUACUGGACUGAAUUCUUUGAAAUCGUAUGAACUUGUUCUUCUGUGUGUACAGAAGGUUGUAUUUUGUGUUUUUCUUGGUGCAAGAUGAUAUUUCCUAAGGAAAUGACAGCAACAACAUCUUUCAUGUUAAGAAAGAGAACAUCUUGUCAUGCAUGUUGCAUGAACAUAUCUGAUUGCAUCAGCAAUUAUUAUUAUACCUCACUGUACUUCAUGUAUUGGUAGUAUAUUCUAUGGUAACAUCUGUUAUCUUUUGAUUGUUAUUGAUCAUACUGAUCAGAAACUUGAACUGUCCUUUUUAUGGACAUAUUGUCAUAAUAGACUUUAACUCACAUUAAUGUGUGAUAAUUUAAAACUGAUCUGUUAUAAGAUCCAAAUGUUUAUCCUUUUUUUCUAAAAGGUUUAAUUAAUGUCACAAUUUCUCUGUGACACUUUUAUAAUUCACUGCAUGUUCCAUAUUACUAAAACAUAUUGAAUUGGUAAUAUUUGUUACCUCUUGAUUAGUAAUGAUGAUUUUGAUAAUCAUCAAAAAUCUGAAUUGUCCUUUUUAUGGACAUUUUGUCUUAAUGGACUUUCUCUUACUUUAUGUGAUUAUUGAACAAUGAUCUGUUUUAAGAUCAAUAUGUUUAUCCUUUUAGUGUUAAAGGUUUGUUUGAUGUUACACUGUCACAGUUUUCCAGUGACAAUGUAAUAUUUACAUUUUGAGAAUCAAUUGAAUUUAAUGGUUAUAAGAAUGAUGUGAUCUGUUUCAAGAUCAGUUUUUACUAUGUUUUCAUUUUGUUUGCAAAGUGAAAAUGUUUUGAUCCAUUUGUGAAGAAACUCUCAAAGGACAGUGAGUACUGUGUCCUCAAAUAUUGUAAAUCGUUUGUCUUUUAUAAAGACAGCUGUUCCUUUACUCUCUCUGAGUACAGUGUGUCUUGUAGAAAUCUACAAGUUGUUGUUGUGAUGUAUCAUCACCUCUAGUUGGAGCUUUCUUACUUCAUGUGGCUCAUUGUGCCUUGUUGAAUAAACAAACACUGCCAGCUAAAAA